UUUUUCCUUUCUGCUUCUUUGCCUUUUCUUGAUCACUGUCAUCAUUUAUCAACUAGUUAGUUUGUGCUUUUGUUCAAAGUAGUGUAACUCUCCUUAGCUCAUGACAAUCCAUAAUACAAAUAUCCCAAACAGGGAUAGUGGCGAUACCAAUGGUCAGCCGCAAAGGAAUAAUAUGAAAAACACAUCAAUGUCGGAGGCAACUUUCGCAAACGCUGCUCUUACCUCUAAUCCUCAAGAUAGCAAAGAAGCAUCGACAACCAAAUCCUCGUUUCCAAUGACCUUAUCCUCUUCCUAUUCUUCUUUAUCUUCUGACCCCCUAUCAUCUUCAAUUGGAUCACCCUUCUCUAACCGAUCGCGAAAACUUCCUAGACACGACGAUCGGGCCAAUUGGGUCAAUGGCAAGCGUCCUAAAGGCUAUCGUACUCCUGAGGGCAGAGAAGCAGCAGAAAAAUCUAAAAAGUUCAAGUCUGGCACAACCAUCCCUCACCUUGUUUACUCUUGCAAUACCUAUGAAGGAGUACUCAAACAUGCGCUAUUGGGUGCAAUCCGCUCUGGAGGUGUGUCAUAUGGAGCCAAGGCUUUGGUAAACCUCUGCUUGGGCAUGUUGAAAGUGAUGAAUGGAAAGACUUCUUUCGCCAAAGUAUUCAAAGAUGCGUUCGUUGGCGCUGAUGCCAUGCGUUUUGGGGCCUUCUUCGGCGCGUUUUCUUUCUUGUGGAAAUUCGUAAAUAACGGCUUAAAGCUGUAUCGUGGCACGGAUGACAGGAUCAAUGGCGCUAUUGCUGGUGCAAUUGCUGGUCUUGCUAUCCUGAUUGAGAACCACGAAAGACGGGUGACUUUUGCACAACAGAUGUUUAUGAGAUCUAUCCAAGGGAUCUACAAUGCUGGGAAGCAUAGGGGUCAACUAUCAUUGCGCCAUGGAGAUGCUCUUCUGUUCGCCAUCGGAUCUGCACAGAUCAUGUAUGCUUACACGAUGCAUCCCGAUACGAUCCCGAAAGAGUUCCUGGGCUUCAUGAUUAAGACCGCUCGUGUACCAGCAGAAUCCCUAGCCUUCAAUCGUCUUAAUGUCCGUGGCUUUCCUUUAGAUUUGAAACAGGCUCGUGCUCUCAUAGACCGGCACAGGCCAACAGCGCGAGCCAUUCAAACAAUGUCUACAAUGACAGAGAAUGUGAGUGUGAUUCCUUGUGAGCUUCUUCACCCUUGGGUCGAUUCUUGCAAACAAACAAACACGGAGCGCUUCGCCCAGGUGACAAAAGAAAUCUUUCCAGUCUAUGCGACCCUAAACUUUGUGCCGCUCUUGGUCCUGAGGAUGAAAAGAUUGCUCAAAGAUCCUGCUAAAGUAAUAUCAAAAACCACAUUCAACGCUCUCCGCUCGUCUGUCUUUCUGGCUAUCUUCGUCGCAGGCUACCAAACACAAAUUUGUACACACCGUAAUCUCUUGAAAGCCGGGUGGCCUUUAGGCAAUAGCAAGUACCUUUAUUGGCUCUUUGGUCUGGUAUGUGCGGGUGUCUCUAUCAUGGUAGAACAAGAGAGUCGCCGUUCAGAGUUAGCUAUGUAUGUACUUCCGAAGGCUGCUACAAGUCUCUACAAGAUACUAUAUCGAAAGAAUUGGGUGAAAGGCGUCAAGUACUGGGAAGUCAUGACGUUCUCCUUUGCUAUGUCACUCAUUAUGUCGUUUUAUCAGCAGGAGGAACAAGUCUUAUCGCCAUUUGUAACAAGAUUGAUCUAUCAUGUUCUCGGUCGGAGCUAAAUACCCGAGAAAUGCUCUUAUGUACUCUCUUUGUUCACCCAUACCCUUAUUGCCCUCAGCAUAUUUUUUUUUUUAUUUUUAUUCCUCAUAAAAAUAAAGAAAGGUGUUCACCCU